GUGGAAUAAUCAUUUAUUUGUUGUUAUUUUGUCAUAAGAACAAACAGUCGCAUUUGUUUAAUCUAGAAAUUAUAUAGGUCAUCAAUAGAUACUUUCGCGAAAUUCUCAUAUCCUACGUAGAAUAAAAAUAAAUAAAUUAUGUGGCUGCCAUUGAUAUGAAAUCUCGAUAAAAAGAGAUAAAACGGUUAUUACGUAAAUAUGGAGAUAAAUUCUGUAUUCGUUAUCUUAAUGAUCGUUAUCAAAAUAAUCAUUAUAGGUAUUUGAUUAAAAGACAUUGUAUAUAUAAAACGGCGUAAUUAAUAUUACUUGUCAGUCGGCCGAGGUUUUGGUGAAAUCAAAAGCGACAUCCACAUCAUCAAUAAACAAUCAUGAAAUCCACAUUCGCAGUAUUGUGCCUUUUAGGUGCAUUUUGGACUAUCGAUGCUACUCCAAUAUUAGGAAACGAUUUGGAACGUUUGAGACUUGAAGUUAGACAAGCAAAAAGGAACGUAGAUGAUAUCAUACGCCAACUUCAAAUUCUUUGUAGUGAGGCCAAAGAAGACACCAUCGAAAAAGUCUCGGAAAAGUGGGAGGGAGAACGAAAGAGUUAUAGAUCAUACAAAACUCUAUUAGUCGAUGGAAUUAAGAAAGAUGUGAACGCCGCUACAACAAUAGGCAAGGAUGUAAAAAUGUGCUACGAGGAGGCUGUUGAUGCCAUCGAACAAAUGGACAAUGUAGUACUUGAGGAAGGUAGCAAAUGCAAUAAUAAUGCUGAAAAUGCGGUUCAGAACGCUCUUGGUUUUAUCGACAAUCUCGUUUCGACCGGAGACGCGCUGUCCUUAGAUCUGGACGGCAUCUUCUUGACCUGCUUUGAUAACGAUAUAAACAGAAUGCAAAGCUGUGUCAUAACCGACUUGGCCAGAAUAAAGGUUGAUAUUAGGACGUUACAGAGCGACGCCAAUUCCGCCGAGGUCACUGUCGCGCACGUAUCUAACAACGUUGUUCUACAAGCCACCAACUGCUUGAAAAAGGCUUACUCGUCCGUAUAUUCGAAGGGAGAUUCGAUUAAGACGAACUUUACGGAGUGUGUCGAAAAGGCCGAGAUAACUACGACGGAAGAACCAACCACAACGGAAGAAUCAACUACGACGGAAGAACCUACUACGACGGAAGAAGAGUGAAAAUAUUUAUAAAACACCAUUAUUUUGUAUCUUCAACAAUUAUUUAUUUUGUUUAAAAUUUUAUUUUU